AGGCUGUAGCUAUAUAUAUGUUCAGAAACCCCUCUUGCUGUGGAAGCCGAGACACAUCGCCAGCGACAGCUCCACUGGCUGAGCCUUCCUUUUUCUCUUCCCUGCUCCGUCUAGAAUCGAAAGAGGGCUCUGAGAAUCUUGGGUCCCUGAGAUCGAGGCGGGGGGAAAAACACACACGGCAUACGACCUCAGGACAUGGCUCUGCCCUUAGACCACGCCGAGGAGUUGCGGCUCUACCAGCAAACCCUUCUGCAAGAUGGGCUCAAGGACUUGCUGGAUCACAACAAGUUCCUGGAUUGUGUUUUGAAGGUGAAAGGGAAGGUGUUUCCGUGCCAUCGGCUGGUCCUGGCCGCCUGCAGUCCCUACUUCCGGGCCAUGUUCCUCUCGGACAUGGAAGAGGGGAAGAAGAAGGAGAUCAGCUUAGAAGACGUUGACCCAGAUGUCAUGGGUAAGAUCCUCCACUACAUCUACACCUCCGAACUGGAGAUCACCGAGCAGAACGUCCAGGACAUCUUCUCCGUGGCCAACAUGUUCCAGAUCCCUUCCAUUUUCACCGUCUGCGUCUCUUUUCUUCAGAAAAGGCUGUGCCUCAGUAACUGUCUGGCCAUUUUCAGGUUGGGCCUGAUGCUGGAUUGUGCCCGGCUGGCGGUGGCCGCCCGGGAUUUCAUCUGUGACCGCUUCACCCUGACCUCCCGGGACGAGGAGUUCCUCCAGCUUUCUCCAGACGAGCUCAUUGCCAUCAUCUCCAGCGAUUCCCUCAACGUGGAGAAGGAAGAGUCCGUCUUCGAAGUCGUGAUGAAGUGGGCUACAGUGAAGGACCAGGAGAGCCGUCUCCAGGCUUUGCCGGUGGUCUUUGAGAGCAUCCGCUUCCGGCUCAUGGACAAGGAUUAUGUCCGGGAUCAGGUGGAGAAGCAUCCUUUGGUCAAGGGCAACCCGGAGCUCCUCAAGAAGAUGCAGAUGGUGAAGGAUGCUCAGGAGGGGAAAUUCACAGUGGUGAAAAAGAUUAAGAAGAAAGGAGAGAAGAAGCUUGGGGACGUCAUAAAUGGAGGGGUGGAGGAGGAAGGAGGUGGCAAGGAAGAGGAGGUGGAGGAGGAGGAGGCGCUUCCAGGGAUCUUGAACGACACAAUGCGCUUUGGGAUGUUCCUCCAUGACCUCAUUUUCAUGGUCAGUGACUCAGGGGCGGUGGCCUACGAUCCGAGCGCCAACGAAUGCUAUUACGCCUCCCUCUCCUCCCAGAUCCCAAAGAAUCAUGUCAGCCUGGUCACCCGCGAGAACCAGAUCUUCCUAGCAGGAGGACUUUACUACAACGAAGACAAUAAAGAGAAUCCCAUGAACUCCUAUUUCUUGCAGUACGAUCACCUGGAUGCGGACUGGCUUGGCAUGCCCCCACUCCCAUCUCCCCGCUGCCUCUUUGGGCUUGGUGAAGCAGAGAACUCCAUCUUCGUGGUGGGCGGGAAAGAGCUAAAGGAAGGAGAGCAGACUUUGGAUUCGGUCCUGUGCUACGACCGGUUGUCCUUUAAAUGGGGUGAAUCAGACCCCCUCCCUUAUGCAGUCUAUGGCCAUGGUGUCGUAUCCCAGGAUGACCUCAUCUACGCCAUAGGAGGAAAAGGAAGCGACAAGAAGUGCCUUAACACCGUGGUUGUCUACAACCCGAAGAAGUUUGAAUGGAAGGAGCUGGCUCCCAUGAAUACAGCCCGCUCGCUCUUUGGAUCAACCAUACACAACGGCAAAAUUUAUGUGGCAGCGGGAGUGACGGACUCCGGUCUGACCAAUUCGGUGGAAGUUUACAAUAUUGCAACCAAUAAAUGGGAACCCUUCACCGAUUUCCCUCAAGAGCGCAGCUCCGUCAGCCUGGUUAGCCUUGCCGGGACACUCUACCUCAUUGGAGGUUUUGCCACUGUUGAGACGGAGUCAGGAGAACUGGUGCCAACUGAGCUCAAUGACAUCUGGAGGUACGAUGAGGAAGGGAAGAAAUGGGAAGGUGUCCUCCGGGAGAUCCAGUACGCGUCAGGAGCCACUUUCCUUCCCGUCAGGCUCAACGUCUUGCGACUGACCAAGAUGUGAUCUUCUCCAAGCCGUCCUGUUUGAUGUCUUGCUACCAAGC